CUAAAAUUUCUCUUUAUCCAUUGUCAAUCUCAUAAAUUAAACCGUAGUAUUAAGCUUUGAUUAAUAAAAUAAAACUCGGUGCACAAACUCUUCAGUCUUAUUCAGAGCAUAGGCGACUGAGUCUGAGAGUGAUAUUGUCAGAGAAAAAGAUAAAAAAACCCGGGAUUCCUGUGUUCUGUCUUUGUAAUUCAAAUGGAAAGUCAAAUGAAGAUUUAUUGUUAAUAAUUUAGGGAGAAAAUUUAACAAACGAAAAGAUGCGUCGGGAGAUCUCGAUUUUGGUACAGCCUCGGUGCCUUCUUCUCUUCAUUGUUCUCGCAAUUUUCGUCAUUUUCGCUUUCUCAGGAACUAAACUGGAGGAAGAGAAGACUGUAGAAGAGGAGCAUGAAAUCACCCACAGAGUAUACUUGGAUGUUGAUAUUGAUGGCCAGCGUGUAGGUAGAAUCAUUAUUGGAUUGUAUGGUGAAGUUGUACCCAAAACUGUUGAAAAUUUCAGGGCUUUGUGUACAGGAAAGAAAGGCAAGGGUGCAAAUGGGAAAGCCCUUCGUUAUAAGGGAACACCAUUCCAUCGGAUAGUAUCUGGAUUCGUGAUUCAAGGUGGUGAUAUAAUUCAUGGUGAUGGAAGGGGAAGUGAGUCUAUAUAUGGUGGCACUUUCCCUGACGAGAACUUUAAGAUAAAACAUUCACAUGCAGGUGUAGUUUCCAUGGCUAAUACAGGACAUGAUUCCAAUGGCUCUCAGUUUUUUAUCACCACUGUCAAGGCCAGCUGGUUGGAUGGAGAGCACGUUGUUUUUGGUAAGGUUAUUCAGGGCAUGGACAUUGUUUAUAUGAUCGAAGGUGGAGCUGGGACUUACAGUGGGAAACCUAGAAAGAAGGUUACAAUUGCUGACUCUGGAGAGAUACCAAAGAGCAAAUGGGAUGAGGAAAAAUGAAGCUCCUGGCUAUAUUAUCAACAGAGAAAAUUUUUGUGUUUUGACUUUACUGACUUAUUUCCAUAUAAUGGAUUCAUAUUUUGCUCCCUUGUAUCAUUUUCUUCGUGAACUUCUAGCUCCAAUCAGAUCCAAGACCAAGAGUCAUCGGCUUCACUUGAAAAUAUUGUAGCUCACCCUUUUCAUAUUGGCAACAGUAAUUAAUGCAAAGAAUUUCAAUUAAUCCCUUUGAAAUGGGAGUGUUUCCAUUCUAUUU